ACAGUCAACAAUCAGUAAUCAUAGCUGCCAGCUGCGAACAGCGCGCUGCUCCCGCUGUAAAUGUCUUCGCUCGCUUAUCAACACUCGCUCACAGUCGAAUGCAGCGACGCAACGAAAGCAGCAGCAGCAACGGCGCAGGCAGCGAAUAGAGGACAGCAGCAGGCCAGGCCAGGCCAGUGAAUGCGUUGCGCGCGUCGUAGUUAUAACUUGUUUCGUGGGCAGGGCGCAACUCGCUGUGUGCUCGCAGUGUGUAACGGUACACCCCGAACUCAAAAUAACAAACAUAGCAACAGCAGCCGAAGCAGUGGCAGAGGCUUAGGCAGCAGCAACGCAAAUAAUAAUAACAAUAACAAAACAAAUCUAAUCUUGCGACGCAAUUUUUAUAUUGAUAGUGCGUGAAACGGGCCGGGCUAAUCCGUCCAAUGUGAAACGUGCAACGGAAAGGGUCUGACAUUAUAAUUGUGUUGCCUCAAUAAUUCGCAUUGCCAGGUUGGCAGAUGAGUGGCCAAUUAAUUGCUGCCCACCUGUAGCUAAUGGAAAAGUGAGUGCAAUGAGAGAAAUCUGAAACAAAGGCAAUAUCUCCAACGACAACAACAAAAGAAACUGCAGCGAAUUUGUAACAAGUCAUACGGAAAACCAGCUUGCCAUAUGAAAAGAAAAAAAAAAAACAAAAACAGCAAUAAUAAUAAUAAUAAUAACAAUAACAAGAGCACAACAACAACAACAGUAAGCGAUCGGUAGUCAGAACGAAAUAGCGACAAAACAAAGAAUCAAGUGGGUAACAAAGAACGCAAAACACAAGACAACAACACAGCCCGUAAAGACUGGAACGCCAGAAACAAGAACAGCAACAACAACAUUACAACAACAAUCAGUAACAUUUCAAUCAGAUUUCGACAGCAACAAGAGAGCUAGCGCUGCCUAGGCGUAGUGUGUCGCUGCGGCGAACUGGAAUACACAACAUUCAGCACAAUAGCAACAGCCAUAAAACGAACAGUAACAAGCUUUUAAAAUUUUUGACUUCGUAUUUUGUGCGCAGUCAGCGCAAAAAGCGACAAAUUAUUAAUUAAAACGCCAAAUGUUUGGCAGGCGUCUUGGAAAGUGCAUGUCUAAGCAAGAGCGCAUAAAUACGGAGCACCGUUUGCAGUGAGUGCAAGCGAGAAACAACGCCAGACGAGAGAGUAGCGUUGAGUGAGAACAAGCGCGAGUGCAAUUCCUGUGUGAGUUUGAGUGCGCGUGUUUCGUUUCCAAAUUGUUGCGAUCAGCUGGGCUGCGCGUACGUGCUUCUCUUCGCUUACAUCUCAACAUUUUUCAAGUGCACACCAACAACGGUAGCUGCGUAUUAGAGCUCUUGCGCGUCGCUCGUCUUUAUGCCGGCAUUUGCUCUCCGCACAGGUGGACGCAUCUUCCGUGGCCGUGCCAUUGUGUUAUCAGUCAAUGGCACUGAGUGAACGACGCCGCAGCGUCAAUUAAAUUUCAUAGCAGUGAGUUAACUAGCAGAAGCAACAACACAACAAUAAUAAUAACAAUAACAACAGCGCCAGUGCAACUUUCAAAGCUUUUAAACGCCCGCACAACGUCCAGCAGCCUGCACAUCAAAUACUCCAGACAUCAUGUCGCAUGCUACGCUGCACCAUGAUGUGGCACAGCCAACGCUGCCUGCCUCAGAGGAUCUCACAGUACAAACAAACAAAUCGAAAACCAACACCUUGAACUCCCUACGCAAUGGCAAUACCUCGAACUACUCCAGUCCCGGGCCCGAGAAGCUGACGGUGCUGGACAUGAUACUGGAAUCGUUGGCCCUGCGCAAUCUGACGUCCAAGGAUAUGGGCACACUGAUAAUGCUGGGCUCCAUGUUUCUGCUGUUUGUGAUAAGCGUGACCGGGUUCUUUGUGAUGUGGUUUACCGAAUACUACAAUAAUACAAUGCUCGAGAAUUUAAUACUCGCUGAGCACUCGGAUACGGCGAACAGUUGGCUCUCACCGGAUCCCAAGUAUGAUACGCUGCUGAAGGCGCACAUCUUCAACUAUACGAAUAUUGAGGACUAUCUGGCUGGACGAGCGGACAAGAUACACGUCGAGGAUCUGGGCCCGCUCACCUAUCAGGAGCAUACGAUCAAGGAUCAGGUGUCCUUCAAUAAGAAUCAUACGGUUACAUUUCGGGAUAAAAAAUCGUAUAAGUUUCUGCCGGAAAAGUCGACAGUGCGGGAAGAUGAUAUGAUCCUGGUGCCCAAUGUGCCGCUGCUAUCGGCGGCGGUGCAUGUGAAGCGGAUGGCCGCAAUCAAGCGCCUCAUUGUGACCGGCACCAUCAAGCUCUUUGAGGAGCCGCUGUUCAAGCGACUCACUGCCCACGAGUACCUGUGGGGCUAUCGGGACAAGAUCAUCAGUCUGGAAUCCCUGGGCGGCGGCAAGACGCAUUUCGGUCUGCUGAGAACUCGCAACGGAACGAGCGUGGACUCGGUGCAGCUGAACACGGGCGAGGACGACAUCUCCAAGUUUAGCAUCAUCACCCAGUUCAAUGGGAAGCCCCAGUUGGAUUUCUGGCAGGGCGACGAGUGCAACCGCAUCGAUGGCAGCGAACCGUCCAUGUUCUCACCCACCAUGCUGCAGACUCGCAGCACGGUGAAUGUCUUCCUGCAGGUGCUGUGCCGCAAGGUGCCGCUGCGCUUCGAGAAGGAGGAGACCAUCUACAAUGACAUCGAUGUGCUGCGCUAUCGUACGCCCUUGGACGUCUUUGCCCAUCCUUCCGAGAAUCCGGCCAACGAAUGUUAUUGCCGCAAUACUGAUCUCUGUCUGCCGAGUGGCGUUAUCAAUGCGACCAGGUGCUACGACGAUUCGCCAAUUUUCCCAUCGUUUCCGCAUUUCUUCACCGGCGAUCCGAUACUGUACAAAGAUUUUGAAGGCAUCAAUCCAGAUGCCGAACUGCAUCAGACCUAUGCCGAUAUACAUCCGCGCUUUGGCUUCCCCAUCAGCGGCGCCUCCCGCAUCCAGAUCAACAUCAUGCUGGACAAGACGCCACUGCUGCGCAAUCAAGCCUGGCGCAUGCAGAAUGCCACCAUCUUGCCCCUGAUCUGGAUUGAAAUAACCGCUGGCGACUUUAAUGAAGAUGUCCUGCACACGCUCUAUGUGAGCACCUUUGGCCUGGAUGCCAUCCAGCUGGCGCUCAAGUACGGCACCCUGUUGGUCUCCGUGACCAGUUUCAGCCUGAUCGUGGCCAGCGUUUACUAUCUGAACAGCAAGCGUGAGGAGCAGCAGCAGCUGGAGAAGAGCAAAUCCUCUGCGGAGCUGGAGGCCCUUGCUGGUCCAAGUGCUAGCAAUGGUGGUGGCAUUGUUGUUGUCCAGGUCCUGCCGCAUGGCGUCAGUCUGGCGCAUUGCGCCAAUUCGUAGUGCCAUUAGCAAUUAGUUAGGGGAGGGAUUUGUGGGCGGGGCAGCACAAAUGGGUUUUGUGCGUGGGUAAGAGAGAGAGCCUUCUUGCGCUGGAGUGCCUUAUUAAUCAAGAGAUUUUCGAAUUUGUCACGACUUAGGAUACGAGCAGUAUAUGUAGUUAACAAAUUGUAUAUAUGUAUCAUAUGUAUAAAGAAAUGAAACAAAUGUUUAAUAAAUAGUAAGUAUAUAAAGCAAUAAAAGCUAUGUAAUUGAUUAUGUAUCAUUAAA